AUGAAGCUCUACACUGUCUUUUCGUCGAUUGCAAUCUUAACAAUUGCAUCCGCACAUUGUGUACUGCCAGCCCCUCCAAAUCCAAGUUACCAAGAGCAAAUUGUCGUGGAGGAAUCUUUAUUCGUUCCAGGAUCUCGCAUCUUAGCGUUCUGUUCACAUGAGGACAAGAAAAACGAGAUUUCAAUCACCAAAAUAGAGACAUAUCCUGAUGUACCUGCUACUGGCGAUACUGUUCAUGGACGGAUUAUUGGUAGGCAGCGCGGGGUAAUCGGCCAAGGUGCCUAUGUCAUCUUUCGGGACUCCAAGACCAGGAGAAAGCUCAAUAUUGAGCCUGUUGACUUUUGCAAAUUUCUGGAGACUACAGGUAGAAAAUGCUACUUUGGCAGCACCAUAUUUGACCUACGAUUUGAAUUUAAAGUCCGACCCCUUCCGGGACUGACAACCAUGAUGGUUGACUUGGAACUCUAUUCACAAUAUGAUAGAAGAAUAACCUGCUUGAGAGCUCCUGUAAUUAAUAGACUCUGGAUGGAAGAGUGA